AUGCCCAGCCAAGUCUACUUUGACAUCGCCAUCAACAACGCCCCUGCCGGCCGAAUCACCUUCAAGCUCUUCGACGACGUCGUCCCCAAGACCGCCGAGAACUUCAGGCAGCUCUGUACCGGCGCCAAGGGCUUCGGUUACGCCGGUUCUGGCUUCCACCGAGUCAUCCCCCAGUUCAUGCUCCAGGGUGGUGACUUCACCAACCACAACGGUACCGGUGGCAAGUCCAUCUACGGCGCCAGGUUCGCCGACGAGAACUUCAAGCUCCGUCACGACCGCCCCUUCCUCCUCUCCAUGGCCAACGCCGGCCCCGGUACCAACGGUUCCCAGUUCUUCAUCACCACCGUUGUCACCUCUUGGUUGGACGGCAAGCACGUCGUCUUCGGUGAGGUCGCCCAGGGCCAGGACCUCGUCAAGCAGAUCGAGGGUCUCGGUUCCGACUCUGGCAAUCCCAAGGCCAAGGUCACCAUCUCCGCUUCCGGUACCGUCUAA